AUGGGUCAAGUUCGAGUCAAACGCUCCUCCAAACAACCCACCGCUGAAGGAGCUCCAACUAAAUGCCGCUGCCGGUUCUGGUGGGUCCCACAUACAGAGUGCUGGUUUGUUAGAAAGAGAAAAGCCUCUAAAGUUUCAACGAAAAGAGAACAACAACAACAUGAGGAAGAAGAUAACAGAACAGUUAAAGUUAAAGCUUUUACUUCUACGCCACCGAGAAAUGCUUUGUUACUUACGAGAUGUAAAUCAGCACCUUAUAGCUCUUCUUCAUUAGCUAGUAGGUUUUGGGGUUCUCCAUUAAAGAACGAAGAAACAGAGCAACCUUAUGAGAAACAGAGUGAGUCCGUUUCAAAGUUGAGAUUUUUUGAAGAACUUGAAGCUUCUGUGAAAGAAAGAAUGAGUGAGUCUGAAAGGGUUGGUGAAUUGAAGACAAAGGAAGAAGGUAAAGUAGAGUCUGUAGCAUUUCCAGUAGUGUUAACAAGGUGCAAAUCUGAAAGAACAAGAAGAUUUUGA